AUGUCCUGUAUUGGUACCUUCCCUACGCCACCGAAUGCCGUCGCCUCUACAGACAAAAUAGAUGUGGGAGUGUCCGUCAACAUAACAUGCGAGGCAGGCUACCAUGGUGUAGGCAAAGGAACCAGCACAUGUUUGGCUGAUGGACAAUGGUCAUCUCCGGCUUAUCAGUGUGACGGGGAGGAAUGGCCAAAUGGCACAUACACACUACUGCAGCCGUUCAAUGGAUGCCCUGCUCAGUUCUCUACUGGACAAAGGAUAUGGCGUCCUGAGAAAACCGGGUACAGCACCUUCUCCACCAACAAUAACCUACAAGGUUAUGCUAAUCAGACCCAGAUUGAGUGGCAUUUCUGUACCAAGACUGGUAGUGGAGACUCAGAAUCAUGGCCAGCGGGAGACUACUGCAUCUUGAGAAAAGGAGGAUCGUGUCCGGCUGGUUUUAACAUCGGUCUUAUUACCUUUGACGAGGAAGACAGCGCGCCGAGCGAUAGGUCUCAGGGGACAGGAACUCUACCGGACGGAGUAUACGCCGCCAACACCGACUUGUAUUUCUGCUGCAAGAAGGAUGGGUCGGUAGCCAUUGAAGCCACGUUUCCGGUGUCGACACCAUUCGUCCUGUUCCGAUACACGAUGGCUAGCUGUCAGUUAAUCACUGGUAUGACGGUAGAGCCGGGAUACACCUUCUUUGACAGCGAGCCUAACGGAAACAUAGACAAGUCCGAAGGCAGUGUUCCAUACGUCGACGGCCCACCAACCUGGCAUAUCUACCAUUGUUACUACUAUUAGCCGGGGUUGAUGAUUGACGGAAU